AUGCAUUUGGCCGUUUAUUUACAAUUUAGUCUAUCACCCCAAGAUUUAUAUCAGGGAAUUGGAAACGGCGCGCCUAUUGGUGCAGUGGUAACAACUCGUGAGAUUGCAAAAGUUCUGAAAUAUGCAUACUAUUUUAGCACGUUUGGAGGAAAUCCUGUUUGUACUGCUGCUGGAUUAGCUGUUCUCAAUGACCGUCUUAACUCGCUAAAGGAAAAGCAUGAGAUAAUUGGAGAUGUAAGGGGAAGGGGAAUGUUGCUAGGAGUUGAACUAGUGAAAGAUCGGAAGCUGAAGAUUCCUGCAAAAGAUGAAAAUAUGCAUAUCCUAGAACAAAUUAAAGAUAUGGGAGUACUAGUUGGGAAAGGUGGCUUUUAUGGAAAUGUUUUAAGGAUUACACCUCCACUUUGCUUCACUAAGGAAGAUGCAAUUUUCUAG